AUGAAGAGGAUUUUGAAAGAAAACAUAGACCAGCUUUUUACCAAGUUUGUGGAUGAAGGAAAAGCCACUGUACGGCUAAAAGAACCAGCUGUGGAUAUUUGUCUUAGCAAGGCAAAUGUCAGUGAGCUGAGGACUUUCCUUUAUGCAGUGAAAUUGGCUCAUCAAGGCACCAAAGAGGAAACUUUACCACUUUCUAAGCUGGUGUCACCAAAGGCCUCUGAAGUUGAAAAACCAACCAAGAUGACCAUAACAUCAAAGAAGGAUUAUCCUUUAACUCGGAAUUUCCCAUACUCUCUGGAGUAUCUCCAAGCCUCCUAUUGCAAAUUAGCUCGUAUAGAUAUGCGUAUGCUUUGCCUGAGAAGCCUUCGGAAACUGGACUUGAGCCACAAUAGUAUUAAAAAGCUCCCAGCAACUAUUGGGGACCUUGUUUGCCUUCAGGAGCUCAAUCUACAGGACAAUCACUUGGAGUCAUUCAAUGUGGCUCUGUGUAACUCCACUCUCAGAAAAUCACUUCAGUCUCUGGAUCUCAGCCAGAAUAAAAUCAAAGCGCUGCCUGCACAGUUUUGCUACUUGCAGAAACUCAUACAUUUGAAGUUAGAUGAUAAUAAUCUGAUUAGAUUGCCAUUCAAGAUUGGUCAACUGUCGCAUCUCCGCUUCUUAUCUGUGGCUCGUAAUAAACUCCCAUUUUUGCCCAGUGAAUUUGCUAAACUCUCACUUGAGAGCCUGGAUUUAUUUGGAAAUCAUUUUGAGCAGCCGAAACCACUUGUUCCGGAUAUACACUUAAAAAUACCACUGACUUUACUAGAAUAUUCUGCAAGAGCAACCAUCAAUAACAGGGUCCCAUAUGAUUGCCACAUUCUUCCUUAUCACCUUUGUGAUGAUCUUGAGAUGACAAAAACUUGUCAAUGUGGACGGGCUUGCGUGACCUGCUUCAUUCAGACAACAGUGACUAUGAAUCUGCACAGUGUAGCACACACAGUUGUUCUUGUGGAUAAUAUGGGAGGCACAGAGGCCCCCAUUCUUUGCUAUUUUUGCUCUCUCACCUGCUAUUCUCAGUUUCUGGAUAGACAUCUGCAAAGUGUGAGGUGAUCAGAUUAUAAUCUGAGAAGUUUUAUUCAGCAAAUGCUAACUUCUGUUUUGUAUUGGAAGAAAAGGAAACAAUAAUAUGCUGAAACAAGGCUUCUCAUCUGUAAACCAUCUCCUUUUUUAUUAUCUGAAAAUUGCAUAAAACAUUUAAAAACUUUAAAGUGUUAGAUAACGGUAUUAUUCCUGAUGCCAGGUGCCAGUUCCUUCCUAACUCCUGUAUAAUGCUGUGAAUGGAAUUGCUGGAGCUCACAUCCUCUCAACUGGGAAAAAAUUCCUUUUCUAUUCUUUAUUUUAGCACUAUUUUUAUAAUAAUGUUUAAUGAUUUUUUUGGGGUAAAAACAUAUUUUCAGAUAUGCUGUAAAACAUGCAGUGUUUUGAAUGCAGAAUUUGCAAUCAUUUGAAAAAUGCUUAAAUUUAUAAACCAUUCUUUGAAAAUGGAAGUGCUGAACUCAUGACAGUAUUUGAUAUUCAUUUUUAAAAAUAAAUGUACAUUUCGUGCAAUCUGUACAUGCCUAUCAAAGGAAAUUUGUUGCACCAAUGUAACCAAUCAUAUUUACAAACGUGAAUCAGAAUGGUAGUAUUUUUAAAGUUGUUUACUGUAAUUAUACUGAAUAAUUAUGUGGUUUUUAUAACACUGUAAACAAUAAUUUCCAGACAUCAGCUGAGAUUUUAAAAUCAGCAUAACAAGAUUUAUUACCAGGUCAGAUGGAAAUUCUGCUUAGAAUAAAACAGGGUGCUUUAACUACACCAUGAAUCUAGAAAUUUUUUUCCAGUCUCAGAGAAAAAUACAGAAAUUCUCUUGUUACUACAGGAAAUAAAACUUAAUACUUUUGUGGGAAGCCCCUCCCCCAAGAAUGAAAUAUUUUGGGAAAUAUUAAAAAGGCAGGAUAAAAUAUUUCCCCUAUAGAAGAAACAAAAAAAUCUUAAGAGGGGCAGAAACCAGCCUCAAGUUUCCCUGCCCCAGGCAGAAAUUGAGGCCAGCUUUUAGAAAUACAGAUUUGGUAAUCCCUUCAAAAAAACUGGGUCAAGAUGGAAACUCAAAUAAGCAAAAACAAAAGGUUGACAAAAUUAGCUCAAACAGGAUUUGCAUUUCCUCUUUUGCCUAUAGAGCCAGCUAUGAUCCCCAUAGAAAUCCAGAAGGUAUAAAAAAAUCCACCCACUCUAAACUCCAUUUUGUCAGCUGUAUUAGAACCACAAUCCUUGGUGGUUCUGUUCAUCAAUAAACGGAACCUUCCUUUCCAAUCAGCCUCCAGGCUGCAUUUUAUUUCCAGCAUCUUUCGCCCAGCUUGAAACUGAACCAGAUGGAUUUUCCUUCCAACAAUUAAAAAAUCUAGAAACCAGAAAACUGAUUUCUAGUCCCCCCCUUAGGCAAAAAAAACCCCCUACUUUGAGCCAGGGUCUCAGCACAUUUCACCUAACAAACAUAAUCUACACUAAAACCAUGGAUAUAGCUUAUGUAAAACAUCAUUGUUGGGGUACAGAUGAGCUCACAAGGAAAGACAUGAAUUGGGAGAGAGUUGACUGCUUUUCAAGAAGGGAGCAGGUAGGAAAUGAGAAAAAGUUCUCCAACUGAGAUCUUUGGUGGCCCAGACCACAUUUAUGUACUGUACACACAAUUAACUGAUUAUGGACUAUCAAGUCACUGUCAACUUUUGGGGUGAUCUGCUCCUAAUUUGGGCUUUCAGGUCUUAUACAAGUACUGUAUGGCCAACAAGUUAGGAUAGUUAGAAAACCUCACUGGAGAGAAUAAGUUGCCCAUUGUCUAUCGAAACAACGAAAGUUUGGGGAUCCCUGGUGUUCUUUGAGCUUGGAGUUUGGGAAUCCUUGGGGGUCCCUGAGAUUUGUUGUUUUGCAGCGGUUUCAUUACCCAGCUAGGCCAGGGGUCUCCAACAUUGGCAACUUUUUGGACUUCAAUUCCCAGAAUUCCACAAGUCUUAAAGUUGCCAAGUUUGGAGAUCCCUGAUCUAGGCAACAGUCCGCAAGAAAAUAACCAAGCAGAGAGCAACGAAGGAACGCCACAGUUCAAUCCAAAUAUUCUCUUCUAUUGCUUCAACAGCUUUGGUCGCAUUGGUGGAUGACCUCUGGAGGGCCAAGGAUAGGGGUUGCUCCUCUGCCCUGGUCCUGUUAGAUCUCUCAUCGGCUUUUGAUACCAUCGACCAUAGUAUCCUGCUGCACCGGUUGGAGAGUUUGGGAGUGGGAGGCACUGUUUAUCGGUGGUUCUCCUCCUAUCUCUCUGACCGGUCACAGACGGUGUUGACAGGAGGGCAGAGAUCGACCGCGAAGCGCCUUACUUGUGGGGUGCCUCGGGUCGAUUCUCUCGCCUCUCCUGUUCAACAUCUAUAUAAAGCCGUUGGGCGAGGUCAUCAGUGGCUUUGGGGUGAGUUACCAGCUUUACGCUGAUGAUACUCAGCUGUACUUUUCCACCCCGGGCCACCCCAACGAAGCUGUCGAAGUGCUGUCCCGGUGCCUGGAAGCCAUACAGGUCUGGAUGGGGAGAAACAGGCUCAAGCUCAAUCCCUCCAAGACGGAGUGGCUGUGGAUGCCGGCACCCCGGUACAGUCAGCUGCAACCGCGGCUGACUGUUGGGGGUGAGUCAUUGGCCCCAACAGAAAGGGUGCGCAACUUGGGCGUUCUCCUGGAUGGACGGCUGUCGUUUGAAGACCAGUUGGCGGCCGUCUCCAGGAGAGCCUUUUACCAGGUCCGCCUGGUUCACCAGUUGCGCCCCUUUCUUGACCGGGAUGCCUUAUGCACGGUCACUCAUGCUCGUCACUUCUCGUCUGGAUUAUUGCAAUGCUCUCUACAUGGGGCUACCCCUGAAGUGCACUCGGAGGCUUCAGUUAGUCCAGAAUGCAGCUGCGCGGGUGAUUGAGGGAGCCACACGUUGCUCCGGGGUAACACCGCUCCUGCGCAGUCUGCACUGGCUACAUGUGGUCUUUCGGGUGCGCUUCAAGGUGUUGGUUACUACCUUUAAAGCGCUCCAUGGCUUAGGAUCCGGGUACUUACGGGACUGCCGGCUGUUACCUCAUGCCUCCCACCGACCCGUACGCUCACACAGAGAGGGUCUUCUCAGGGUGCCGUCCGCCAAGCAAUGUCGGCUGGCGGCCCCCAGGGGAAGGGCCUUCUCUGUUGGAGGACCUACCCUCUGGAACGAAUUUCCCCCCCGGUUUGCGCCAAAUAUCUGACCUUCGGACCUUUCGCCGUGAAUUGAAAACGUAUUUGUUUAUCCAAGCGGUCCUGGCUUGAUUUUUAAAUGUUUAAAUUUCUGAAUUUUAAUAAUUUUAACUGGGGUAUUUUAUUAUGGGUCUAAUUCGACGGUUUUAAUUUUCGGCCAUUUAUAGAAUAUGUAUUUUAAUUGUUGUUUUAAUUUGUACAUUGUAUUGUUUUAAUUUGGCUGUACACCGCCCUGAGUCCUUCGGGAGAAGGGCGGUAUAAAAAAUUAAAUAAUAAAUAAAUAAAUAAAAUAAGUUACUUAAAAGGCCGGAAAAAUUUGGACGGCGGAAUAUUUGCUCUUUUUUGCCUCCUACCAAUUAGUUUCAUCUCGGGAACGUCGGUGCGAAGCGACUCCUUUUUCCAAGAGCGCCUCUAGCUAAACGAACAGCAAUCGUUCAGCCCUGAUUACGGCCCCUCCAGCGAA